CGCUCGAAGCAGAUUGAGAGCACCAGCGGUGUCCAGACACUCCUCCCUUUACGACCCUCGGCCGCUCCACCUCCCUGAAGUUGUAAACCUAUGGGAGGAACACUGAGACAACUUGCCUUUAAUCUCUUUGGUGUGAAGACAUAUGAGUCUUUUUUUCUCUCCUCUCACUUUCGAAAGGAUUUCGCACACAGUGGGAGGUCACAAUGAAGUUCGAGAACAUUUUAGCCGACAUUAAUGGAUUUGGAAGAUUUCAAAAAAUGAUGCUUGCGAUCAAUUUCAUUGGCCGCUUCACAUUGCCUUGCCACUUCGUGCUAAACAACUUCAUAGCGGCUGUUCCUUCUCACCACUGCGACAUCAGCUCUCUGGACGAAGAUUUCUUUUUACGGAACUUAUCCCAGGCAGAAAGGCUUUCUGUGAGUAUUCCGCUCCAGGAGGACGGGAGCCUGAGCUCCUGUCAGAUGUUUGCGGAGCCUCAGUACGAUCUGCUGCUCAACUCCUCCAGCACCACUGAUGCAGCCACAGUGCCGUGCCAGAACGGCUGGGUGUACGACACCACCACCUUCAAGUCCACUCUGACCUCACAGUGGGACCUGGUGUGUGACAGCAGAGGGAAAAACAAAGCGACUGCUUCCAUCUUCUUUAUCGGAGUGAUGUUUGGAGCCCUGACCUUUGGCAGUCUGAGUGACAGGUUCGGCCGUAGGAUCAUGCUGCUGGUGUCCUACGUGUCCGGAAUGCUCACUGCUGUUGCAAGUGCCUUUUCUACGUCCUACGUAAUGUUCGCCGUGCUGAGGUUCUUCACUGGGUUUUGCAUCACUGGCAUCAUCAUUGUCUCAGCAGUCCUCAAUUUGGAGUGGGUGGACGUGGAGCACAGGAAACUGGUGGGAGUCAUCGACAGUUUAUCCUGGACAUUCGGAAGCGCAGUUUUUGCAGCUAUUGCUUAUUUUGUGACCGAUUGGCGGUGGCUAAUAGUUAGUGUCACCUCACCUUUGGCCUUGGCCAUUAUCACAUGGAGGUGGAUUCCAGAGUCGGCCAGGUGGCUCAUUGCCAACGGAAAGCUGGAGCAAGCUCAGGUGUAUUUGAAAGAAUGUGCCAGAAUGAAUGGAACAACGGAGCUAAUUGACACAUUUAAAACAGAGACACUAUCGACUAUUGUCAUGGCUGAGAAGAGAGAUCGGCCUUAUUCGUACUCUGAUCUGAUACGAACACCCAACAUGAGGAAACUGGCACUAUGUACUGGUAUAGUGUGGUUUUGUGUGGCAAGCGCAUUUUAUGGCAUCAGCUUCAACAUCACAGGCUUUGGGCUCAACAUCUACCUCACCCAGUUUACAUUUGCUUUAAUCGAGCUCCCGGCCAAAGGAUCCGUUUACUACUUGCUGGAUAAGAUCGGCAGAAGAAGAACUGAGGUGGGCGCUCUGCUGAUGGCUGGCAUCUCUCUUGGAAUCAAUAUUGUAAUACCGAACGGCAUGUGUACUAUCAGAACAGUGGUGGCAAUCAUUGGAAAAGGGUUUUCUUCAGCUUCCUUUGCAACUAUUAUCCUCUACAGUUCAGAGCUCUAUCCCACUGUAAUAAGACAGAACAGCAUGGGUUACAACUCCUUCAUGGCUCGGAUUGGUGUAGCAGUGGCUCCUCUGAUUCUCAUGCUGGAUGAGGUGUGGGAGGACCUGCCUCAGGUGGUCCUGUGCUUUGUAGCUUUACUGGGGGCAAUAGUGGCCAGUAUGCUAUCAGAGACACGCGGCAGGUGCCUGCCAGAGACCAUAGAGGAUAUAGAACGGAAGUGAUAGUGAAUACGGUCCCUGGUGUCACAGCAUAUUCAAGUUGUUAUUUUUCAUUUUAAAAAAGACGAGCUGACGAGGUCCUACAGAAGACUUCCCUUUCAGUUUAUACUCAAAAUGGAAAUGCAUUCAGUUAUACAGGAUGAUCUAAAGUAUAUCUAUGGUGGUCUGUGCUCCUUUAACACUUAACUUAGCAGCAGUAUAGUUACUGUAAUUUGGAAAGGCGAUUUGCUGAUGUUCCUUCAGAACCCUGUUUUGCUUCACAAGUCAUUGAGUUAAAAUUAUGUUACAUCAGAUUUUUUUCAUUUGUAAUGUUUUUCUCUGAAAAAUGUGAAGCGCUUAUGAGUUUUAAAAAUGCAAGAUUUGGAAAAAUUAAAGAGCUUUGUCAGGCA